CAGGAAGUGGAGGACGAGCCGCCAGCAGAGAAUAUUAGAGCUUUACCAAUCUUAAAUACUUGGUAGCGUUGCAUUAUUUUUGGAUGAGCAGCUGUAAGCCGGCUGGACCUUUUGGUUUCAGAAGCUGUGGGAGCUGCAUGGGAGAUGUUUAAAUACUCAGCCUAGCUGACAGUAAGAGAAGCGGUGUCAAAAGCCAGUGUGAGAAACCGGAGGAGACACGGUUUCACUGCUCACGGUGACGUUUCUGCAUCUCGUUUUUUUUAAUCCGCAGCUGGGCUUCGUUUAGCUCGGAGGGAUUAACAGCUCCUGCUCUGUCAAGUCGGCGAAAACUAGACUACGACUGGAAGUUAAUACAGUUUGAAUUCAGAGCAAUCGUUUUAAAAAAAACGUAUUCUUUAAUCGUAUUGGACAAAAAUUUCUCUUCAAAAUAGAAGAGGCAAUAUAGGACAAUGGUCCACUGAACCGUCCUCUUUAUUAUGUAUACGUCCAUUGCACGUGUCUGCUGUUCUGUUUGCGUUAUUUGAUUGCUUUACCGGGACGUAUAAUUUGAAAAACCACACACCGGAAGCAGUGUUCGUCGUGAGUGUGUGUAACCUGACUGAGGUCGCGGUUCUCGGAUCUCCUGUCGAUCCUGUACGUCGGGUUUUCCUGCUUCAUAACAACGUUGAUUAUGGAGCUCGCGCGGUGUCUCGGCAGCACGCGUGCCGCGUCUUUCCGUCUCAGAGCCCCGUCUGCACGCGCCGGAUCCAGCAGGUAGCUGGGCAGGUGGGUCAGCGGCAUGCCGUCCGAUGUGGAGUACAGCCCCGUAGGUGAGGGGCUGGGGAUGCGUGACUUCUGGCUGUACGUGUGGCUGCGGAGGGCGGCGGUGAUAGCGGCUCAUGUCACCGGCCUGGGCCUGACCCUCAUCAUCUCCCUGCUGUCCAGACCUGGAACCAGUCUGUUUUCUUGGCAUCCAGUGUGUAUGUCUGUUGCAUACUGCCUGUGUAUGACCGAAGGCAUCCUCCUCUUCUCAGUGGAGGGAUCUCCCUUCUGCUUCAAAUCUCGUAAAGGUAAAGUCCGUCUCCACUGGUUCUGUCAAGCUCUGGUCCUGAUAGCUUCGGCCACCGGGCUGGGCUUCAUGGUGGCCAGCAAGAACGUCUCAGAGCGCCCCCACCUGGUCAGCUGGCACAGCCUGCUGGGCGUCUGCACCCUGGCUGCCACCGUGCUCCAAGCGGCCUGCGGUAUCUGCGUGAUCUUCCCCAAGCUGCUCCGCCUCUCCUCCUCUCUGCCCAAGCUGAAGCUGUACCACGCCACCUGUGGCCUGGUGGUCUACCUGCUGGCCACAGUGACCGUGGUGCUGGCCAUGUUCUCAGACUGGUUCCAGGCCACGGUGAAAGGGGUGGCCUGGUGGGCCUUCCUCCUGCUGCCCCUCUUCCCUGCCCUGGUAGUGAUGAACCAGCUCACUAAUGCCUACCUGCCCCGCAAGAAGAUCACCAGCUAGGAAGCACAGAGGACGAGGAGACAGACUCGCUUUAUUCAGUCAGUGGCCAUGUUGGAUUUUACAUUGUGGUGGAAGCACGAGUCCUCAGCCAAAGCAGCUUUUGAAAAUUAUAUAGCUAAAGCAAAAGGCUUCAUGCACUGUUCGUCCCACAGAUCAGAGAGGACAGAAACAUUAAACCACAGAUUUCUGAAGGGAGGUUUUGCACAUUAGCUUUUUAGUCAGUCACUGGAGCCAGAGUGUGAGCGAAGCCUCACACACCACAUUCAGAUUAUUGAUUUGAGCACACACACAUUAUUCAUCUUCUCCGCUCAGGUGAACGUGUGAGGUUUAUGAAUAUAGAUUUUCUGAAAUCUUACCCCUGAUACCUCCUGGACUCCUGCACUGCAGCUUCAGACACUUCAGAGUCCUGCUAAAACACUGCACAACGUGUGUGUGUGUGUGUGAUGUAAACACACAUGAAGCCCAGGGCACAACAGAAGAUGAUUAUCCUGACGAAUCCACCCUGGAGCUGGAGCUGGUGGACACCUCUGGUCUGCUACUGCUGAACUAGCAUUGCCUCUAGAGCAACAGUCUCUAAACUGGUCUCUGAAGGAAGCUUCAGCCAUGAAGGUGCAGUGGAUGAUUCUACACCAGCCUCUAAAUUCUAUUUAUUUAUUCAGUGAGGAUGUUUUUCCACUUGAGUCAGUUUUGGCUGCUACGAGAAGCAUUUUAGCAUUAAAUCGAUACCAGUAUCAAUAUCCAUCAAUCUGCAGCUUUUCUAAGCCUCUUUUAGCUCAUUGUUUUGGUUUUAUGACGUUUGCUGUUCGAUUUAGUCUCAUUUCUCCCACUACACCACUUGCUCAGCACCACCCAGCAGACAGACAGACAGACAGACAGACAGACAGCUGCCACUAGCUGGUGACAGAAAACUGAACAUUCAGCAGCUGGAGACAGAUGUUUUCCUCAGGAGAACAAAAAGAAGCUAAAAGAAGAUUGAAUAUUGGAUUUAUAAUCAAGUUGACAUUAACAGAUCCAAACGAACACUAGCAUUGCUCUGUGCCUGCUGAGUGUGUGUAAGUAUGAAUGGAAGCUGGAAUAGUUUUAUUAGGCGAUGAAAGUUUUUGAUUUUUUAAAAUAAAUCUGUUAAAAUUGAUCAGUUUAAAACGUCAGUUUUAUCCAUUUCAAAUUAAAUCUGCAACAGAGUGUGAACUGUGAAAAACUACACAAGCUACAGUCACUUCUGUCAGCAUGUACCUGUGACUGUGUCUUUUAAGUGGUACCAUCAAUUCAAAUAUUCAUUUCCACCUGUGUCCACACAUUCAAACCAUCACACUGAGAUAACCCUAACCCAAACAGUUUGCUCCUCAGAGAAGCAGCUGCAGAUUUUCUGCUUUCAGGUCAGAAGAAUCAGGACAACACUUAGUGGGACAGAUAAAUGUGGACUUUUUUUUCCCAUGGUGUUAGAGAACGUGGUGGACAAAGACCUAUUGGAUGUCCUGGUCCUGCAGGCAGAGUGAGCAGGCUGGGGGAACUAAAUGUGUCUGUAAUUCAAUAAACAGUGAAAGAUGAUUCAACGCACUUUAUCUAUGAGAGUGAAUUUAAUGAUGGGAAACUGUAAUAACACUAAGCAAUAAAGCACAUUCAGACUUCAGCUCCAAACGAAAUAUGUAUUUAUGCUGAAGUGAAAUUAAAAUGUGGUUAAAUAAAAUGAACACACUUCAGCUUAAUACUCAGGAUUUUAUUCAUUCGAGUCU